UGAUACUGAGGUGACACUUCAAUUGACAAGUUCAAGAUGAAGUUGACACGUUAUUUAUACUCUCUUUUCGUAUUUCUUUCCUAUCAGGGUAAAAUAGUUGUAAAUUGUUGGCUACAAUUUCAAGAAUCUGUCCCACAAAUUUCCAAAAAUAACUGUGGCUUCGAUGUAAACAAUAUAUGUGGUGAUCAGCUAUUACUUGAUGUAGACGAACGAGCCAAGUUAGGCCAAGCCUUAGAGGAUGAACCGUUCUCAAAAUUCAGGGAACAAUCCCGGAUUAGAAAUUUAUCCGAUGGUUUCGAAAGCUACAGUGGAUUUCUCACCGUGAAUAAAAAAUAUAAUUCUAACCUGUUCUUCUGGUUUGUCCCGGCCGCGGUCAAGCCGGAAACAGCGCCGGUAAUUUUAUGGUUAAACGGAGGUCCCGGGACGUCUUCUUUGUUCGGACUUUUUGUCGAACAUGGUCCACUAUUAGUUGGCAAGGGUGGAAUCUUGCAAAACAGGGAGUACGCCUGGACAAGGACGCACUCCAUAAUUUACAUGGACUCUCCAGUCGGGACAGGGUUCAGCUUCACCGACGAUUCAAAAGGAUACGGAAAAAAUCAAGGGGACAUCAGUCAAAAUUUGUACACCGCGAUGCGGCUGUUUUAUCAAAUAUUUCCAGAAUUUUUGCAAAGAGAUUUUUACAUAGCGGGAGAAUCUUAUGCAGGGAAAUACAUUCCAUCCUUGGGAGUAAAAAUUCAUGCGGAGAACAUCGGAAAGAAGAAGGCUGAUAAAAUAAGGUUGAAAGGCGUAAUGAUUGGGUCUGGAUAUUUCGACCCUUACACGCAAAACGAAUAUGGAGAUUUUCUCUACAAUCUGGGGCUAAUUGAUGGUGCGCAGAGGGAUAUUUUUCUCCAGGAGGAGGCUACUGUUAAGGAUUUAAUUGAAGGGGAGGAGUGGGUUGAGGCGACAGCGGCUGUGGAAAGAUUAAUUGUUGGCGAUGGUGAGAUUGAAUCCCACUUUCAAAACAUGACCGGUUUCACGGACUACUUCAACAUGUUACAACCCGUCAGAAGAAAGGAAACUGGAAAUUAUAUCGAUUUCGUUAAUAAUAUCGACGUUCGGCGAGCUAUUCACGUAGGAAAUCAGCCAUUUACGAGAAGUAUCGACAUGUUGGACAGCAUGCGGGAGGAUAUUAGCAAAUCUGUGAAACCGUCGGUAGAAACGUUGCUUCAGGAAAAUUAUCGCGUCCUUUUCUACGCCUCCCAGUUGGACGUUGUCGUUCCCCAAACGGGCAUUCAGAAGUUCAUAUCCACGCUGGAUUGGGCAGGGAGUGACGCCAUGGAAAAUGCACCUCGUCGAGUAUGGCUUGUCAACGGCAUGAUAGCAGGAUACACGAAAUUUGCGAGAAAUUUCGCCUUCGUCUUACUUCGAAGUGCCGGUCAUCUCGCGGCUGUUGAUCAACCGAUUGUUAUGUAUGAUUUGAUGCAUAGAUUUACUAGGGGUCUUCCGUUUUGAGGAAUUAUAUAUGUAAAUUAUUGUAAUCAUUGGUGUGUAUUAAAUAAGGUUCCAUGAUUUAAAAUUAUCAGUUUAUGCACGGUGAAAGUAAGCAAGGAAAGUAUUUAUUUAACAAAAAUUAGUAUUCCUUCACAGUAAAAGAUAUAAAUUAUGCGUAGUUCAAAUGCAUACUUACUUAAAUUUUAAUUAAACAUUUACCUAUAAGAGAUAAUUUAAACAGAAAUACAAAUUUCUCUAUUAACACUGUAACAAAAUA